GGAAGUCAUAUAAGUUACUGCUGUGGGCUGUUUGACUCUCAGUUGACAGACACACUUACAGUUGCUUGCGUGUGUUUAGAAAAGAAAACUGCAGAGUAGCUACUCGUGCAACUGAACUGGCAGAUACUCCUGGACAUCCACUGAUGCAGGUGGAUGUGAAAUACCAGUUUUCUAUAAAGCUCAUCGUUAGCUGCAGAGAGGAGGAACAGCCAUGAGUCUGCUGUGAUAAUGGAUCGCAGCUGGGUAGACGGGAGAAUGAAACAAAGAUGUGGUUACCAAAGCAGCGACGUGGAGCUGCACUACGACGUAGUAGAUGACCAUGAGAUUGUGCAUAAUGUGCACAUAUUUCCUGCAAGACCAAUUUAUGAUGAGAGAGAGUAUGCAGACAGGGGUCUUCCAAGGUCAUCAUCUGGUCAGAGUCUGAUGCCAGUCGCUACUGGUAACUCAAAUAUCCACCCUAAAUACCCACCCAGAGAAAUCCUCUCAAGCACAGGACCUGCAGUAAACAGACAGCUGAAGCCAGGAAGAAGAAAGAUCAGACCAGAUGACAGAUUCCCUCCUACACACCAAAGAGAACAGCCCUCACGAAGGUGUCCACCAUCACCUCCGGUCACUUUGGAGAUAGAGACUCGACUGCCUGGACUGACACUGCAAGAAAGCGGCAGGAGAAAUGGAAAGAGAGCAACUAAAAAUGCAGAGUUCAGUCCACCUACCAAAGGUCUGCAGAGUAAUGAAAGUGCUUUCAGUUCGUAUACUAAUCAAAGACAUUCUUUGGAUUUGGAAAGUCAGCAAAUAGACAAAAGUAGAUCACAGGACAGUCUAGAAAGGGUAUUGUCGAAACGUCAUCACCAUGAGUGGCCUCAGACUAAAGAAGACAUCGACCAAAAUGACUUUGUUCCAAUAGAAAAGCCUCAUCAGAUGUACUAUGAAGAAGACUGGUACAUUGGGGCUUGUAGCAGAGCAGAUGCCGAGCACGCCUUACAUCUCGUGAAUAAGGACGGGGCCUUUCUGGUGCGAGACUGCUCCAUCAUCACCAACAGUGAACCUUUGGUAUUGGCUGUAUAUCAUGAGAAGAAGGUGUACAACGUGAAAAUUCGCUUCAUUGAGGGUACAAACAAGUAUGCACUAGGAACAACGCAGCGAUCAAACGACAUGUUCAACUCCGUGGCAGACAUCAUCAAGUUCCACUCCAUAUUUCCAAUAGUUCUCAUCAGUGGGAGAAGCACACCAGGAAGCAAAUACCCAGAAAACUGUGUGCUGACUUGCCCAGUGACGAAAAGGGAUGUUGACCAACUGCUGGAGUAACGAGUGCACUGUAGCAGCAAAGAAAAUCUACUGAAUCCCAUCUGUUUUCAGCUUUUCCUUUAUCAUAUUAAAAAAAACACCAAAAGCUGGCUAUGAAACUUCAGACAACUGGCUUUUGUUAAUAAAAUACAGUUAAUAUUUUGGAAGUGCAUUUCUGUAUUAUGACAGUAUGAGAUGAAAACAGGUUAGCGUAGUAUUGUGUAGGUUUAGAUUUGUUUGGCAGGCAUCAUUCCUAUUAUUAUGAGUUUCCCAUUAGAAUUACCAUGAGCUAUAUUACAGUGUAUAAUCAUAUAAUCAUAUACACAGCUGCAUUCUAUUUAUGUUUAUUUAUGUUGAAGUUUUUUGUUGUGAUGUAGAGUCGGACCACUGCGUAAGGUGUUCAGCAAAUUCCAGAGAUUUUCAUUGGGGUUCAGGUCUGGACUCUGGUGGUCAUUUCAUGGGUGAAAAUGAUGUGAUCCUCCCUGAAACACUCUUUCACAAUUUGAGUGUGACAUUAUCUUGGAAUGUGCCUGUGUCAUCAAAGAAGAAAAACAUUGGCGGAAAAAACUGGACUUUCGUAUGUUCAAGUUCAGCUGACAUCAUUUUAUGGACACAUAACGUUGCUGAACCUAGACCUGAUCAACUGAAUCACCCUCAGAUCAUGACACUGCCCCCACAGGCUUGUACUGCAGGCACUAGGCAUUAUGGGUAAUCACUUCACCUUCCUCUCUUCUCAAUUUUUGCAUUGAAACACACUCCAAUGUGUAUGUUCUCAUAAAUUGAAGCCUUUUUUUCAAUAAACCUCACUCACUGAUAAGUGGUUUUCUUGAGGCUCCACAGCUGUUUAGUCCUAAUCCCUUCUGUUUCCUUCACAUUGUGCAAAUGGAAGUGCUCUUACUUUCAUUAUUAAGCAUAAUCAUGAGUUCUACCGCUGAUUUUUUUUACUAUAUGACUUCAAUGAUCUUCAAUUUUCAGCCACUUUUUUAGUACUUUCCUUAUUGGUUUUAUGUGUGUUUUAUGUGUUGGAAAGUUUCUAACCUAAUUUUAGUACAGGGUGUCCCAUAAGUCUCCAUACAUAGGAAAAAUAAACGUUUCUUGACAUAAACCAUUUUUAUUUAUAUAAUAUGCUCUAUA